CUGGUACGCUCGUAUGUUUUCGGUAAUAGUGGUGGUGUGACUUUUGAUGGAUGACUUCAAAAUAUACAUGAUUUGAAAAAAGCUCAUUGGCUCAUGCCAUUAUCUGCCGAGUCGUUUGCUGGUAGGUAUCGAGGAUGCCAGCAAAUUAGAAUUAAUAGGAUUCCAAGGAGAACGAUUAAACACAAACUUUGCUACCAUGGCACAGGGACUGCUAAGUUAUGAGACUUUUGUCAAGUCUGUAGCUGGGGCUUCAGGAAGCAUUAUUGCCAUGUCUGUUUUUUAUCCAUUGGAUACAAUCAGGUUUCGAUUGCAAAUUGAAGAUGACAAUGCUAAAGAACUCAAGAAAAUGAACAGUCUACAUGCAGUAUAUCACAUUAUUAGAACAGAAGGAAUAGAAGCUCUGUACCGUGGCAUGAAGCCGGUACUUCAAAGUUUGGGAGCAUCGAAUUUUGUCUACUUCUAUACUUUUCAUGGACUUAAAUCUAUUACGACUGGAUCCGCGCUUCACGAUUUAGGUCUUGGAAUGAUUGCCGGCAUGGCUAAUGUGUUGGCUACACUUCCUUUAUGGGUUGUUAAUAGCAGGUUGAAGGCAAACAAAUCUGAGCAUUUUUCCGGUUUAUUGGACGGCGUUGUGCAUAUAGCACAGAAAGAAGGAGUCUCUGCGCUUUGGAAUGGAUUGGGUCCUUCCUUGAUGCUGGUUAUCAAUCCGGCUAUCCACUUCGCAGUUUAUGAAGCUCUUAAGAGGAAUGUCAAAACGUCGAGCGCGACGGUAUUCUUCCUCUUCGGGGCCAUAUCAAAAGCUGUGGCAACAGUAGCCACUUAUCCUAUCCAAUUGGCGCAGGCGAGGCAGAGGCACGGCAAGAACAGUCAAAUGAGCACUGCGGCUCUCCUGCUCUCAAUCCUCAAAAGAAACGGUCCAGCUGCUCUAUUCCAAGGGAUGGAAGCCAAGCUUCUGCAGACAGUAUUGACAGCGGCAUUGUUCUUCAUGACCUACGAGAAAAUCGUGCGAUUCGUCUUUAUGCUUUUGAUGAGAAAAGGCUGAAAGUGCAACAGAUUGCCAGUAUUUUAUAUUUAUUUUAGUAUCUCUAUUUGAAUACUUUUGCUUAGGGAGGGAAUUUAUUUAUAGCGCUAGUCCAAGGAUUUACUUUGAUUUGAGUAUAAUCUUAUCAAUAACAUCCGCACCUUUUUAAACUAGUCCUGAUCGUUUAUCUUCAAUAAUAUACAUAUAUCAGAUAGUAUAUUUACAGACAAAUAAACGUAAAAUCUAUAACAUG